AUUUCCAAAGUCACUCAGAGCUCAGCGGUAAUAAACACGUAAAUAGAGUAAUUAUGUCACUGUUUUACUUUAGGAAAUGGUAACUGAUAUUUCUCUGGAUAAUGAGGUCAACAGACUGAGGAUGAGUUAAAGUCCAGACAUUUAUUCACCUCUGUCCACAUUAAGUGAGUCCCUGCUGUUCCAGUAGGUGUGUGUUUGCUGAGUGAGAGCAGCUCAGUCAGAGCUCAAGCCGUCAAACAUCAUGUCUGCGUUUCUGCUCACCAUCUGCCUCCUGGGAGGUUCCUUCCUCCAGGUGUUCAGCCAAGAUAAAGAGCUCUGUGACAAUGAGAACGGAGGCUGUGAACAUUUCUGCCAUGUUGCUGGAGGAAGUGUAGUGUGUGCCUGUGCUGACGGUUACUUCCUGGCACAGGACAACCAAUCCUGCAACUCCAACGAGACUUUUAGAUGCGGCGCCAUCAUCACCGAUGUCCAGGGACAGAACAGAACCGAGAAGAGAAGCUUCACCGAGGAGCAACAUGGCCGCCAGAGGAACAGCAGCAGUCAGAUCAGCUCAGACAGGGAAGCACAGACUGGGACCAUCAAUGGAGAGGACUGUCCACCAGGACAAUGUCCCUGGCAGGCUCUCCUGAUCAACCAGGACAACAUCGGAUUCUGUGGGGGAACGAUUCUGAGUGAAUACAUCAUCCUGACUGCGGCUCAGUGCGUGGCCCAAACCCGGUACCUCACCGUCAAGCUCGGUGUCUUCAACACGUCCCACAGUGGUGGAAAUGAAGCCUUGCAUGUGGCGGACGCCAUCGUCACUCACCAUGGUUACAGCCCACAGACCUACUUCAAUGACGUUGCUCUGGUAAAACUGGCCAAGCCCAUCAGGUUCACCAGGUACAUCCUGCCAGCCUGCAUGCCGGAGCCGGACUUCAUGGAGAAGGUUCUGAUGCGGCAGCCGGAUGCGCUGGUCAGCGGUUUUGGAUAUCUCGGUGAGGGUCAGCCGUCCACCGUCCUACAACGCCUCUCUGUGCCCUACGUGGAUUGGCAAACCUGCAUGGACUCAACUCCGCUCAGCAUCUCCUUACGAAUGUUUUGCGCCGGCUACGACUCAAUGGGGGAAGAUUCCUUUCAGGGCGACAGCGGCGGCCCGCAUGUCACACGGUAUCGGGGCACCUUCUUCAUCACUGGCAUCAGGAGCUGGGGCAAAGGUCAUGCCCGCAAAGGAAAAUAUGGCGUCUACACGCAAGUGUCUAAAUUCAUCCGCUGGAUCAAAGAGGGUGUCAAGAAGCUGACGCCGAUAGAGAAGCGCGGUUCCAGGACGAAGAGGCACCACGGCGCCGUCAAACGUUUCCGUCUGUAGACAGUCAUCAUCCAGUAACUCUAGUACCUCUGUAAUUCAGAUACAUGGAAGAUUUCCACUGUAAUAGAUCAUGCUAAUGGAGAGGAGUCCCUCGGGUUUGUUAUUUUAGGCUCCUGGACUUUCAGUGUUGUUUUGGUUUUCUUAUGGAACCGGAUAAUAAAAGUAAAACCUUGUUAGUUUGUAUCAAAUACACCUUACAGUAGCUCCCAGAAGGGAUAACUCUAUGAAGAUUAGCAAAUGUCUGUUUUUGAGUAUUUUGUGUAAUCCAGUGACCAAAAUAAAGAUUUGAAUAAUAGA